AUGAGCUCCUCUGCAGCGUUUGCUCCCUCGUCGUUUGCGCAGCCGGCGCGCAGCGCACAGGGCCUCGUGGGCGAGAAGGAAAACGCCUUCGAGGGCUGGUGUUCGCUAGACGACCUCAUCGCGGACACGCUUGCAGAUUUUGAUCAGGCCUUCUCCUUCUCCUCCGUCGUGUCCGCUUCACUCCGCAGGCCGCCCGCCACGAGCGACCCAGGGAGCCUCGACUCGAAGCCUGAGCCGCCGCAGCGCGCGCCUCCGCCUCCUCCUGUGCCUCCGUCGACCCGCACCAGACAGACACCCAGCGCGGCGCAGGACUCCGAAGAGCGUCACGCGCCGCGGGCAGGGGCGCUCUCAUUUUCUGCCGUCUCCGCCGCAUCCUCCACGGCGAAAGUGUCGCAGGUGCUGCGCGACCGGGAGGAGACGAACGCGAGGCUACGGAGGGACACAGGCGUGGCGCCUGCGGCAGACGCAGUCGAGGGCGGAAGAGGUGCAGAAGGACGCGGGAACGGGGCUGCGGCGCUUGCAGAGGCCUCAAGCCGCGCAGCAAAGCACCCCUGUGACUUCGAAGACGCGAACACGCCUGCGACGCCGUCUUUCCUUCCGCUUUCGUCCGCCCUCGCAGCUUCGAUUGAGGCGCUUGUCGCGGAAGCGGGGUUCUUCGAAGACUCUCAGUCGAGCGCUUUCUCAGGCCCUUCACGCUCCACGGCCUCCGCCGCGUCCCCGUCUACCAUUCUCGCUUCUUCCAGCCUUUCUGCUGCGUCUGCGGCGGUGCUGUUACCUGCCGCGCGCGUCUCGCCCCCCUUCUCCUCGGCUUCUGUGUCGAGUGCGCUCUCUGGAAGUACACCGGAGACCGACGCACGUUCGUGCCAGUCAAGUUCGUGUGCAGAGAGGCCUUCCUUGGAGCGCCUUCGCGGCCCCGCGUGGGCGUCGCUCUUGUCAGCGGACGCGCACCAGGGGGAGGACGAAAACGCGUCUGAAGGCGCCGAAAAGGUCGCCUUCCCUGAAGCUGGGUGCUACCCGACGACGCCGCCGAACUCGCCCUGCAGUCCUCUCGGCUCCGCGCCCCCUCCUCUCCCUCUGCCGCCGCUUUCGUCAUCUGCGCUUUCUUCUGCUCUUGCUUCUGCCCUCUCCUCUUCUUCCUCUUCGCCGGCAGUUUUCUCCUCUUGCACAGACGCCUCUUCUCUCCCGGCGCCGCACGGGUGUCCGCUCACGUCCUCCGCGUCUGCCUGCACUUCGCCGGCGGCCGCGGCGGCGGCGAAGAGCGCAUUGCGCGCCCUUGGCUCUUCAGAAGCGUCUGUCGAUUCGCUGUUGUCCUGCCUCGCUGGGCUCGCCGCCCACGCGGCCUCGCUGUCCCUUCCGGCUUCGGCGCCCGAGGGCGCGAAGACUCCUCGUCUUCCUGCGAGCCAGCGGGGGGCAAGAGGCGGCGGGACCGGAGGAGGACGGGGAGAGGAGCCUUGCGCAGCGCCGCAGACGCGCUCGGCGGCCGCGCGGACAGCGUCUUCUGAGCGGCCGCCAGACGGAAAGGACGAAUUCGCGGAGAUGUCCGCGCUUCUCGAAGCUGCUUUGCGCCUCCUCGAAGGUAAGCAGAAAGGCGAGGGAGACGCGCACGCGAAGGACGUACGCGAAGAGGAGCCUGGAAGGGGCGGAGCGGAAGGAACGGACGCGAAGAACACAGGCUGGAGGAAGUUCCUUUUCCCUUGGGAGCAAAAACCAGAGAGGCCCGCCGGAGAGAGGCGCAGAGAGGACAGCGCGGCGCAUGCAGCAGGCAAGGACGCGGAGAAAGGAGACCAGACAGAGCCCGGUGAAGACGACUGGCUGGCAGGACUCCUGGGCGGACGAGGCGAAGAAGGCGGCAGCGCAGAUCUCCUGUUUCUCGCCAUCGGCGAGCCCUUCUGGCUCUUGCUUCAAGUGUUCGAGCCUUGGCUCGAGCGCGAGGGAAGCAGACUCGAGGAAGAAGAUCGCAUGCGCUACGUGCGACAGAUUCAGGUGUAUCGACAGCUCGUGGCGCUGUGUGCACCACAGGAGAGCCGCGAGAAAGAUUCGCGGCAGUUAGGCGCUGAGCCGAAGGAAGAACGAGCGUCGCAGGGGAGAGAGGCAGAAGACAGCGGAGAGGCGGGCUCUCACGUGCCAGAUGGAGAGGCAAAGGAAGCAAAUGGCGCCGGUUGCCAUCGACCCCCACACGCCUCGACUGGUCAGGGCAUGCUCCCGUUCCCCGCGGCCUCCUCGUCCUCUGUGGUUCCUGUCGCGGCCGCUUCGAGCUCGCCAGUCCCUUCCGCCUCGCGGGACACUCCGUCGGCGUCUGCGUUUUCGCUCGCGUCUGUCGCGCAGUCUCUGCCGCUGCUGGGGAAGCUGGGUCACGUGCAAGUGCUGCUCAGCGAGCUCGACGCCUACGGCGAGCCGCCGGAGGAGGUGAUGGCGAGGCUGAGCCUCGGACCCGAACCGGAGCCAAAGAGCGAGGCCUCAGCGAAAGCGGCUCCAGAAGAGCCGCCUGCAAACGGCCCUCGCGGCGCCGCGAAGCUUGGACGCGCAGACGGAGAGGCGCCGCUGGAUGCGGCCUCGCUCAAGCGCGAAACGCCGCGGAACACACAGAAGGAUAGCUUUCGAAAACCUUCUGAGGAGAGGGAGAAGCUGGCGACAAACGGCCAGGGCUCAGCGAGCGAUGUGGAAGGUGCGCCGCGAGAGUUGGUUUCACAAAGCCGCUGCAGAGACGAGGGCGAGGCCGUCAAGGAUGAAAAAAACGCGAGAAAGGAGACCGAACCUGAGCGCCGAGAGAGGACAGAGCAGAAACUCGCUCACGAGGCGGAGAGCAAGCAGGGCAACCCUCCCUCCGACUCGUCCGCCUCCUCGGCCGCGUCUGCCUCCUCAGCGUCGUCGUCGUGCCGAGCUUCUUCUUCUUCUUCCUCUUCGUCUCUGGCGUCAGCGUGUGCACCCCCUUCGGCCUCCGCUUCAGGAGCCGGGGUCUUUUCCUUCCCGCCACAGGCGCGCGAGCGACUGAGCUGCGGAGAGGCGAGCCGCGCGGCCGCAGAAGCCGACGGCACAUCGCCGGAAGGCGAGGUCCGUCGAGGCGCGAGAGGGGAAGGGACAGAAGGACAGCGAAGACGCGAGGAUGACGUGGACAGAAAAGCGAAGAAUGGAGACAAGGGAGUCGACGCAGCUGCGGGCGGCGAAGGUGAAGAAGACAGCAAAAUGAUGGAGGAGUUUCUGGCCUUCGUGGAGGCCCUCGACACCCGCGCCGGCGGGGACGAGGGCGGGGGGGACUUGAAGCAACUUCUGGAGCAGCCGCUGACAAAGUUGUUGGCGGGAGCUUUGAACACUCAGGAGCUUCUCGCCUUCCUCGAAAGCGUUGAGGGCGAAGCGGCGGACUCCGCAGCUGCGGCAGCAGCCGCGGCAGCCGCGCCGCAGAAACGCGAGACGCAGCGUGCAGAUACACGCACACAACGCUCACCGGUCGCGAGCGACUCCAAAGAACUCGAAGAAGGCUGUCGCCAGCAGUGA